GUGAAGAAGACAUGUGGCUAUGAUUAGAUGAUUCCAAAUUCCAUUCUGAGCUUGGCAUUGCUUCCUUAUAUGGAAGCACCCGAGAGGGUGACUUUAAAGGCUUGAGUUAGUUGGUUAUCUGGCUGUCAAAUUCUUAGUAACAUUCAUGCUAUCAACGGCGGUUCUCGAGCUAUUCGACUUGAAGAUAUAAACAUAGACUACCUCCCCUCAACUGUAAGACAUUCAAGUCAAACUCGUCCCCCAAGAAGAACACCCACCAAAGAGUAGAAAAAUCUAGCUCCGGAAGCAACCGACUUUGAGAACCUUUAACAGGACGAAUAAAUUAUCCCGAGAUAUUCUACCAAAGACAAAGAUCAAUUCCGUCACCAACAAUAUUUCCGGCAGCCCUUAAGCUCUACAGCAAGAACAUUCUCAAUGUCUUCAUCGCGAUCAGGUGGACAUGGCCAGAAAAGUUCCCGCAGUAGCAAGGGAAGACAGUCAUCCCACCAGCAGCUCAUCGAGUCGCUCCGCACUCACCGAGUUAACACACUUACGGAAUUAUGCCGAAUUGAACGAGUUGCCGCUAGUUGCGAAAACGAGGAAGACGCACAGGCGUUCCAGGCCCCGAUGACGUCCGCGUGGGAUUACUAUGUGAACAGCAACCAGUUCCUGACGGAACUCAGAGGCUUGACGCGCAACUAUCCCAUAUCGGGAGAUCUAGUUGACCAGGCGCAUCACCUCGUUCGAAACGACCCGAAUUCGAACCGAAGCUGGAACCUGGCAUGGCUAUGCCUGGUGAAGAUUCGUGACGAGGGCCUCAUCCCGGCGUAUGCGCAAGCGGAAUCUUGGCGUAGAGAGAUGUGGGGAGGCCGCGAUCCCACGCAAGAAGAAGCCGACCAGCUCGCGCAGUGCUUCGAGUACGAAUGGACGCAGGCAGUUGAGAAUAUGCUGCGGCACUGGUCUGCCGCGCCGACAUGGUACUAAGUUGAACCGACUUCCUUUUUCUCCGUUUCUUCUUUUUUAGAUAUCAUCGCACGGGUUUUCCUGUCUUUCUUGGGGGUUUAGAUCAUCAUAUGCUGCGAAAGCUGCUUUUUUCUUUCCUUUUUUUUGCCUUUCUUUCUUUUCCUGGGGAAAUGUAUUUUAUUUAGACUCGGGGUUUUCUUUCGGUAUUUUUCUGCAUUUUUCUAUAUUUCUUUCUGCAUGGCGAGGUACUUUGGUUUGGGGCCUUGCAUCGGUGGCGCUUGAUGAUUCUCUUUUGCCUGGAAAAGUGGUCGUUUUUUUUACUCGUUCGCCCUUUUAUUUUAUGGUCAUAGUUAGAUUUGUUCCUCUCGUUUUUCUUCUAUGAAUAUUCAUUCCUAUUUUCCAUUUAGAAGAUAUUUUGCCUCAUUGUCUCUUUAAAUUUGUUCGGUUGUCUCAAAAGCAGAACUUCCUUGCAGCUAACAAUCAUGGCAGACCGGAAAGUGCAUUACCACCUGUUACCGAUCAGCUUUAGAAGAAAGGAUGGAGGGCGG